AUUAGUACUUCUUCAACAAAUGGGCUUUAUGCUGUGGGCCAAGGCACUUGAUGUAAUGGGAAGGUCAUCGAUGCAUCUUGCAAAACUGUAUGAUUUACGUACAUCUGCUCAGGUAUCGAAAUUCAUCAGCUCCACGUGCAAAUAUAGCAUUCCUCAUUCAGUGACAGUGCAGUGUCGCGGAGGACGAUAUAUACAUCCAUCAUUGGUUAUAAAAAAUGAGUGCAAAAGGAACUAUUAUUUGUCAGGACAUGUUAAGACGACUUGUUUGAAAAGACAGUCUGAAUGCUUGGCAUGUUCGUGUUAUGCAAAUGGCACUGUCUUCACUAGCAUUCUAGUCAAUGAUACACAAAAAAGCGUUAGUACAGGGUUUCAGUGCGCUGAUCAAACUGGGCAGUGCAAGUGCAAGCCCAAUUAUUACGGCAAGAGCUGCGAUAAACGCGAUUGUAUGUGGACAUCUUGGUCGAAAUGGUCUUCAUGUUCCAAGGCAUGUGAUUACGGGGGCGUUACAAAAAGAGUUAGAUCACAUAAAGUUGUUCAGGUGGGAAAAGGAAGACCAUGCAUCGGAUCAAAUGAAAAAAGCAAGCCUUGUUUCCUUGGUUGCUGUAGCGGACAGUUUCACUGUUCCAACACAAAAAAAUGCAUACCUCAAAGUUACCGAUGCAAUUACAGACGUUAUCAGUGCGGGGAUAACCAAGAUGAAUUGUCUUGUCGCGAAUCAUGUACUUCUCGCCACACACCCUUCAAUUCAGAUGGUGGUGGUAGUAUGUUUUAUCUUGAUCGCCAUCACCUGAACUGCGGAGGCAGCGGUAACGUCAUGCAAUCAUUUAGGUUCAAUCGAAAUCAAAACCACCAAUUCAGAUAUACCUAUACAUGCUGCAGGCUCACUAAAACAGUGUGUUCUAACUCUACCAGACGAAAUGGAUACACCUUUGCAGGCAAUGGUGAUACUCGUUAUUUGGACAGACAAACAGUUUCAUGUGGCAGUAACGGGCUUCUAUCGAGCUUUCGCUUAGAAAGAAGAAACGGAGAUGUGAGAUAUAGUUACAACUGCUGUUUUUUUUCUGGCUUUAAAUCUUCUUGUUAUAAUAGGUAUACUGCAUUUAGCGAUGAAGGAAGUGGUAGAAAUUACUAUCUGGACAGGCAUCAUAUUCAAUGCCCAAACAGAUAUUUUCUAACAUAUUUCAGAUUGACGCGAUCUCCCCCUAAUUAUGGGUAUCACUAUCGUUGUUGUCAAAUUCGUGGCUGAAUGGGAUUUUUUAAGAUGGCUUGUAAUGUUUUACAAGGAACUAAAUUAUAUUUCUUUAAUUCAAUAUUCGACGACGUCCAAUGAAAAAAUUACAAUCAGUAGGAAAUUACAGAAGUAGGAAAGGUAGGAAAGGUAGGGCUCUUGCUGCUGUAUGUCUGUUUCAUUUUCCCAAAUUAUCAACAAAAAUUUUGGUACAGGUAGUUUUGACAUUUAUCGUCUUGAUAAUUCUUUUCGUGUAUUAUUACAUUUUCUACUUUACACUAUCA